AUGUCCGUUACUUCAAUCAGCGGCCUAAUGUCUAGUUACUCCCCGUUGUCCGAUCGCAGUUCGUCUGUCGAUGAGGAGAAGGAGCAAUUUCGAUUGACCUCUGAUAUUGAGGCCGGCGAUAAGCAAAAUGGGGACAAGAAACCCGGUCGUUGGAUUGAUGGUCGUACCGUCUCCGAUGCCAUCAUUGGAUUGUCUGAUGGUAUGACUGUGCCCUUUGCUUUGACAGCUGGUCUGUCAGCUUUGGGCGAUACCAGAGUUGUCGUCUUUGGUGGUAUGGCCGAGCUCAUUGCUGGCGCAAUCUCCAUGGGACUCGGUGGAUAUCUAGGAGCCAAAAGUGAAGAAGAAUCAUACAAGGCCACAUUCAAGGAAACCCAAGCCCAAACAGUGACCGACCCUGGCUCGGUGACAGGCACCAUCGCCGAUAUUUUCGAGCCCUACGAGCUACCAUCCGAGCUGGUCUCCCAACUUACUCACCACCUUUCCGCCUCACCUAUGCUUCCUUCCUUUUUGAUGAACUUCCACCACACAAUGCCUGAGCCAUCAGGUUCACGCGCUGUCAUAUGUGCAUUGACUAUUGCCCUGGGAUACUUUAUCGGAGGUUUCGUACCUCUCCUGCCUUACUUCUUCGUUGGCCCACAUGAUGCAUUCGUUGCUCUGCGCUGGUCAAUUGCUACUAUGGUUGUUGCUCUCUUCCUCUUUGGCUAUAGCAAAACCUGCUUUGUGAGCGGCUGGCGCGGUCGCCGCAACAUUCGCAAGGGUUUAAUCGGUGGAGUUCAAAUGGUCCUUGUUGGCGGUAUUGCGGCUGGCUCUGCCAUGGGUCUUGUGAAGGGUUUCCAGAUGCUGGCUCAUGGAGGACCAGAUCACCCAGACCACGAGUAA